UCCGGCGAGAAUGUACAAUUGUACGAAGCUGGAGAGACUGAGCUUGUCGGAGAACGGAUUCAGUGGGAAGAUUCCGGCAGGAAUUGGGAAUCUGAAAAUGCUUAGGAUUUUGUCCAUAAGUUCAAACAUUCUUGAAGGUAAAUCAUUUCUUCUUACUUUGUGUAAUCCAUCAGUCCAAAAGUAGUUGAGAUAGGCACGAAAUUUAAAAAUUAAUAUGUUAAAUAUUACUAUAAAAUAAAGAAAGUAAAAUAAAAGAAAAAAAAGUAAAAUAUGAGAGAAAAUUAAGUUUUUGUCCAAAAAAAAGAAAAUGAUUCAACUAUUUUAGAAUAAUUAAAAAGGAAUAUGAUUCAAAUAGUUCGGGAUAGAGCAUGUUGGAGUAUCUACAAAGAUCACUCCGACUAUAGUAAAAUUUGAAAGUUUUGCAUUCCUUUUUUUUUUCUAAUUUCACGUUUAUUUUUUUAUUUUUAUUUUUCCGACUGUAACUAACACAAUACUUCUGAAAAACACCAAUCACUUUCAGAUAUUCAAUCCAUAAAGAAAGAGCGUGGUCUUAUUACGUAAUUUCUAAUAUAUGGUCAUUAUUCACAAUUAUUGUUUACGAAAAAUCCACUAAUUACUAGGGCUGGCAAAUCGUGCGGAUUGAGUCGUUAUCGGAUCAACCUGAUAACGACCCAACCCAAUAAGGCCUAACUCGAACCCGACCUGUUAAGGAAACUGUAAAUCCGAACACGAACCUGACCUGCUACCUUCAAAUCUGAACACGACCCGCACCCGACACGAACCCGUUAUCAACACGAUAUAAUACGGUGACUUGUUAAUAAAUUGAGUUUUCUCCUCUCCAAGAAUAUAACACUGUAAGUUUAAAGCAAUUAAAUUUCAUAUCUCUGCACCGAUUUGACGAAGCAAGAUAGGGCGAAGAGCGGCGAAGAGUGGAAGCGGAGGUGGCGAAGGGUGGAGGCAGAGACGGCGAAGAGGCGCUGGGAAGAGGCGGUGGCGAAGUGGAGGGUGGAGGUGGAGGUGGAGGCGGAGGCACGUAAAUGUGAGAAUUUGAGAGAGAAGAUUGAAUUUUAGAAUGGAGUGCAGAUUUUUUUGGAGGGAGUAGAAUGAAAUUUUUGAGAAAUUGGGUUAAAGGAUAGUUUAGACAAUUUAUAAUUAUUGGAAGGGAAAUAAUAAGAAAAAUGAAGAGAAUAAAUAUAAAAAGGUGAAAAACUCUUAUUCCGAAAGAUUCGCAUGCCUCGGACCCAUAUUUUGAAAGGUCUUCCUUCUUAUAUUUUCAACAUUUCGUCUUUGGAAUAUGUGGACCUCUUCAACAAUAGUUUGUCAGGUAGUAUGCCAGUUUUCUACAAUUCACCCAAUCUUGAAGAGUUGUACCUAAACAGCAACAACUUCACAGGCAGCAUACCAGAAAAAAUUGGAUCUCUCACUUCCUUGAAGAUUCUAAAACUUUCUGAAAACAUGUUGACGGGUAACAUACCGAAGCAAAUUGGGAACCUUACUUCAAUUGAGGAUCUAGAACUUGCUUUUAAUAAAUUGUCAGGUGAGUUGCCGGAAGAGAUUGGUAAUCUAGCAAAGCUUGAGGUUUUUGCAGUUCCUUUCAAUGAUUUCUUAAAUGGUAGCAUCCCUCCUUCCAUUUUCAAUAUCUCAACACUAGAGAUCUUAGCCCUUCAACAGAAUCUUUUCUCCGGCACUCUUCCUCCGGACAUGGGGCGCUCGCUUCUCAAUCUCCAAAUGCUUUUCUUAUAUUUCAACAAACUUACCGGCCAAAUCCCGACCUCCAUCGCCAAUGCUUCUCAGCUCACUGUUAUAGAAUUGAACAGAAACUCAUUCACCGGCUCCAUCCCCGACUUUGGUAAACUCAUACAGCUGCAAGAGCUUCGACUCUGGGAAAAUAAUUUGACAGGAGCUGAAUCUCCCAAUCAAGAACUCACAUUUCUCUCUUCUUUAACCAACUGUCGACAUUUAACGGCGUUAGAAAUACUAGACAAUCCUUACAUGAAUGGUGUUCUACCAGCUUCAGUUGGGAAUCUUUCUACUUCUCUUGUCACCUUUUCAGCAGCUAACUGCAGCAUCAGAGGUGUCAUUCCUCCCGGGAUCGGAAACUUAACCAGUUUGCAGACUUUGGAUUUGUCUAACAACAAACUCAGUGGAUUCAUCCCGGAAACAGUGGGGCAACUGAAGCAAGUUGAGAAGUUAUACCUCGAUUCUAACCAGUUGCAAGGGUAUAUCCCUCGCGAUCUUUGUCAAAUGAGUAGUUUGGGAAAUUUGUAUUUGAGUAAUAACAUGCUUACCGGUCCAAUACCCGAAUGCUUGGGAGAAAUCGGAUCGUUGAGACUGGUCUCGUUGGCCUCAAACAAGCUGAACUCCACACUUCCUUCUAACAUAUUCAAUCUUAAGGAUCUCAUAGAGUUAGACUUGAAUUCAAACAAUUUGAGUGGUCAUCUUUCAGACCAGAUCAAAAAUUUGGAGGCUGUUAGUAAAAUUGACUUGUCUUAUAACAUGUUUUCCGGGCACAUUCCGAGCGCAAUCAGUGGUUGUCGCUCACUUGAGUUCCUUAAUUUAUCUAGCAACAUGUUUAAUGGAUCCAUCCCUCGAUCUAUGGGAGAUGUGAGAGGCUUGAUCGAGUUGAAUCUUUCGAGCAAUCAUCUCUCUGGCUCGAUACCUGAUUCGUUGACAAAGCUCGGUCUCAAACGUUUCAGUGUGUCCGGCAACAGACUGGAAGGGGAGAUUCCGGACGAGGGUUCGUUUGAGAACUUCAGUGCUGAGUCUUUUCUUAACAACUCUGCUCUCUGCGGCGUGGCAAGGUUCCAUGUGUCGCCUUGUGGGAAACCGGCAUCAAAGAGUGUUUGGGAUGUAAUGAAAUACAUUGUUCCUGCUUUCAUUGUAACUAUGGUACUUGUGGCUGUGGUAAUUGUCUUUAUAUGGCGGCGGAAACAGAAGAAUCCGCCGCCUUCUGGUGAGGUACUGACAGUGGGUGUUGGAUGGAAGAUAGUUUCUGAGAGGGAGAUCAAGAGUGGGACAAGCUCUUUCAGCGAGACGAAUUUGCUUGGGAGAGGAGGCAUGGGGUCGGUGUUCAAAGCGACCAUUGCAGAUGGAAUGGAAGUUGCAGUGAAAGUGUUCAACUUGCAAAUGGAAGGAGCUACCAAGAGCUUUGAGACUGAGAGCCAGAUUUUAAGCAGCAUUCGACAUAGAAACUUAGUGAAGAUUCUUGGCUGUUGUAGUAACCCCGAGUUCAAAGCGUUGAUUCUUGCAUACAUGCCGAACGGAAGCUUGGAGAAAUGGCUGCAUUCGGAUAAGUUUCUUGAUAUGAUGCAGAGGGUGAACAUAGCUAUAGAUGUGGCGUUGGCGUUGGAAUAUCUUCAUCAUGAUCACACAUACACUGUUGUUCACUGUGACAUAAAGCCGAACAAUGUGUUGCUCGAUGAAGAUAUGAUUGCCCAUGUUGGUGAUUUUGGCAUUUCGAAGCUUUUUGAGAAUGGUGAGGUUGCAGUUCACACUAUUAACAUGGCAACUGUCGGUUACGCAGCACCAGAGUUUGGAUCAGAAGGAAGGAUUUCCACGAGCGGGGAUGUGUACAGUUAUGGGAUAUUGUUGUUGGAGAUGUUUACGAGUAAAAGGCCGACAGAUGACAUGUUCAAAGGUGAAAUGAGCAUUAAGGUAUGGGUGGAAAAUGCAUUGAAGGAAAAUGCAAUAGGCCAAGUUGUGGCUCCUGGUUUGGUAUCAAGAGAAGAUUCAAAAUUUUCUACAAAGUUAGAAUGUGUGAAAUCUGUUUUUGAUUUGGCAAUGAAAUGUUUAGCCUAUUCACCAGAGGAAAGAGUCAACAUGAUGCAAGUAGUGGCUGCUUUGCAAAAGAUCAAAGCCAGAAUUCCAGUAAGCAAUAAGCUUUACAACUAAUGGAUUUGAAUUUUAUGUGUUUUUUAGCCACUUAGCUAAGUGAAGAGAAGGGGUGAAUUUUCAGUGAAUUUGUAGAUGAGUGCUCUAAGUAGUUUGAUGGAUUAAUGUAUUUGAAGCAUGAUGAAAAUUUUCACUAUAUCAAAACAUCUAUUACUAGAUAUACUAA